GCAGCACCGGACUGGAGGAAUUGCUGUCAGCUCUCCCUCUCCCCAUCCGAGAAGCUGAGAUCGAGGCUGUUAUCCAGCUCCUACAGCAAGAAAUCUGAACUACAGAAUCCUACUGAGAUGGGAAAAAUCAUAAUUUAUGAGCAUGCCAACUUCCAGGGUUACUCCAGAGAAUUCACCCAUGACAUUGCCAAUCUAAAAGAUGUAGAUUGGAAUGACUGUAUCUCCUCAGUGAAAGUAAUUGGCCAGCCUUGGGUGGCUUAUGAGCACCUCAACUAUACAGGUGAUUUUCUGGUAUUUGAGGAGGGAGAACAUGGCUUUGUUGGUGAACAUAUGAAUGAUAAGAUCACUUCUCUGAAGUUGAUCACUGAAAAUCUGCACAAUCCCCAGAUCACUCUCUAUGAACAUGCCCAAUACCAAGGGAAGUCCAGGGUGAUAAGAGAACCAACCGAUCUGGGUAGGGGACAUGACAACGACAUCAUGUCUUCUCACAAAGUCCAGAGCGGUGCCUGGCUGUUGUGUGAACACAGCGAUGGAAGUGGUAUCCGUUACAUUGCGCGAGAACACGAACACCUUCCAAACUACAAUGCAAUCCAUUUCAAUGACAAGCUUUCAUUUCUGCGUCCCCUUCUCCCUGGCAAGGGCUGUGGCUGUUAGACUGCAACUCCUGCCAUGCUGAGGGAAGAUGCAGUCCCAGCAAGAGAUGUGAAGCCUAGAUCUCUGUCUAUGCUUGUAUUGCUUUUUUCCCCUGUGUCACAGAAACACUGAAUGGGAGAGCUCUCUUUCGCACUGCACUGCAGAUCUGUGUUUCUCAAUCCUGCCUUACACUGUUCUCCCUCCCCAUAAUUCCCACGAACAACACUUGGCGCAAGUGAAAGAGACAGGCCAGGGGUGUGUAACCUAUUACACCUGCAGUAGGCAUUCCAAUGUCCUGUACUGUGUAACACAAAAGUAUUUGCCUGUUGCUUCUGUUGUUAGAUGUAUAAACAAAAUGCGAACAUACAACCAGCAUCAUUUACUUUGUAAUUUGAUUUACCAUGCUCUUGCUUUACCAUGGCCUCUGCCAUUUUUUGUA